UUACAUUGCCUUGGUCAAGACUGGACAAACUACUCAAAGAAGUUUUACACUAUUAUUGACUUCCCUUGGGAAAUGGCUUCUUUCAUGGCAUCAGGGGUGAUGUCUCCUCCAAGUCACCAAGAUGUGAUGGACAGUGCUGGGAGACUUUUGGACAAGCAUAUGCAAGAUGACAGAAGCUAUCUUGAUCUUUCAGAUCAGCUCAAAGUUCCUGUUCAUAACCAGCCCUGUGUCAGUGGUCUGAAUGAAUUGGACUAUCCGAGUUUACCUGAAGCCAGAGUUGGAUUGGAAUGUCUGCCAGAGAUCAGCAACGUCAAGCUGGUUCCUCUCCCUCCGGAACUCAUGGAACAGUUUGGACGUAUGCAAUGUAAUUGUAUGAUGGGCCUAUUUCCUGAUGUGGAACGAGCUUGGCUGGCUAUUGAUAGUGAUAUCUUUGUCUGGAGAUAUGAAGAUGGAAGUGACCUUGCUUACUUUGAUGGACUGAGUGAAACCAUUCUUAGUGUAGCAUUAGUCAAACCCAAAGUUGGAAUCUUCCAGCCUCACAUCCAGUAUCUUUUGUGCUUGGCCACACACGUGGAUAUUGUUCUGCUUGGGGUCAGUUUCUCAGCACCAAGGGAGGGGAUAUCAGCGGAGCUAGGGAAUGGUGAGAUGCACCUCUUACCAGAACCACUCUUCUCCAUUCCCACGGACAACACAUACAUCAUGAACAUCAUUGGGUCUGACAAUGGCCGAAUAUUUAUGGCGGGCAAGGAUGGUUGUCUAUAUGAGCUGGCUUAUCAGGCAGAUGAUGGAUGGUUUAGUCGGAAGUGUCGUAAAAUUAACCACUCAACCAGCACUUUGUCCUUCCUCAUCCCAUCCUUCCUCAACUUCUCCUUUAGUGAAGAUGAUCCACUUGUACAGCUUAGCCUGGAUCAGUCUCGACACAUCCUGUAUGCACGGUCAGAGAAAGGAACUAUACAGGUGUUUGACUUGGGACAGGAUGGUAACAGUAUGGGUAGAGUAACAGCCAUCCCUUUACAGACCAUAGUACACAAUGCAUGGCACAUAGCAAGGACGAUAGAAAGGUCCAACUUCAAACCACUGGUUCACAUUAGUGCAAUAACACGACAAGAAUCUGCCAAUAUACACUUAGUGGCAGUAACUCAGUCAGGCGUGCGUCUAUAUUUCUCCACUAACAACUUUGGGAACAACAAAGGACGUCCAUGCAUGCUGACACUGGUCCAUGUACGUCUACCGCCAGGGUUUUCAGCAACAGCAGGCAUUCAGAAACCCAGUAAUAUCCACACAGCUUAUCAUAAAAACGGUACAUUAUUACUGGUGUCAUCACAAUCAGAGGAGAGUGAUGCCAUGUGGACCAUCAGUGGAGAUUCCUUCCCCUUCCAGAACCAGCUCAUGGAGGCCCAGACAACAAUUCCUGUUAAUGGUAGGACAUGGGCUGUGUGUGAGAUUCCUUCACCUGCUUUAGAACCUGGUAUAUUCCGACAAGCCAAGCCGGGAGCUCUUAAAGCUGACCCACCUGCAGUAGUUACACAACACACAGAGCUUCCCAGGAGGUUUGUCCUCCUCACAGCACAGGGGAGCCACAUCCUUAGCAAAUUGCGACCUGUGGAUCAGCUUAGACAACUCUUGAUAGACUGCCAGGGACCUGAUGCAGAGGAAGUGAAGGGGUUCUUCAGGCUCCAUAGGAUUGAGCAAGCUUGUGCCACAUGUCUGAUCCUUGCCUGCUCCCGCCUUGCAGCUGACCAACCUAUAGCCAACUGGGCUACAAUGGCCUUCUUUAUGUAUGGUGGUGAAGCCCAGUACAACUAUGGAGGUGGAGGUAUGGGGAUGGAUCGCUCGCUGAUGGCCAGUAAUAUUGGACCCUCUGGACUCCAUCCUACUGUGACCUCUACACCAGCACCAGGCAUGGGUCAUGGAUACUUCCAUCCUUCCCUCACCCCAGGACCAAAUAUGGGACAAGAUGUCCUUUUUUCUGGCAAACACAAUGGAAUCUGCCUUUACCUCUCAAGGAUUCUAAGGUGUAUAUGGGAAACGGCUGUUGCCACUGACUUCCCUUACAAUACUCCCCAGGGUAUUCUAAAUUAUCUUACAUGUUCAUUCACUACCGAGGAGUUAACACAGAUCCUAGAGAACAUUCGUGGUCUUUCAGAUUUUGUAGAUUUCAAUUCAAGAUAUGAAACAGGACCAUCAGACAGUAACUUGCCACCAGUGCCAUUUUCAUCACAUUUGAUGGGCCCUGUGGAUGAUCAGUUAAGGAAAACACUUCAAGGAGAAGCCCAGAAGAUGGAGAAGAUAUCACUGCAGCACAUUCAAGACCUUAUCCAUCGUGUAGAGGAGGUGUUGGGGCUUCUGAAGAUACUUGUUGACCAUCAAUUCCAUAUAGUUGCCAAUCAGUUAUCUAAGGACCAACAGAAUCAGUUGAGAACCAUGAUGUUCAAACAUCUUGUUGUCAGUGGCAAAGAUAUCUGCAGUUCAUUGAUAACUUGUCUCAUUAACCGUUACCUUGAUGACAAUGCUACAAUAGAUGCUAUCAACAACAAGCUUCGAGAAAUCUGUCCCUCUCUAUACAGCAGUGAUGAUGCCACUUGUUCAAAGGCUAGUGAACUACUGCAAGCUGCCCGAGUGAAUCAGAACCAAGCUGAAAAGAAACGCCAGCUUGGGGAGGCUUUGAAGCUGUAUAAAGAGGUAUCCCAGCCCCUUCAGCUGACCGUGGUAUGUAGCCAGUUUGCCAAUGUUCAUUACUAUGAUGGAAUUGUGGACCUAUGUUUGACCCUGGCACACAAGCGAGACCCCCAGCACCUAGCUCUUCACUUCUACAGGAGUGGAGAACCUCCAGAAGAUCUACAAGGCAUGUCAGCCUACAUGUCUAGGAUGGAAUGCUAUAACUGUAUUACUGGGACACUUGGCUUCCUGUCCACAACAAGCACCUCGUUUCCACAAGCUCCAAAAGUUCCUGGGCCACCCCCAACCCCUGACCCCAGUAGACUCUCCCCCCAGGAGGCUGAUCAGUUUAAGUCUGACAUAUUCCGGCUGGCCCUGAAGAGCGAUGAUGAACUGUUCCAUGUGGCCCUGUAUGAUUGGUUGUAUAGCAUGAAUCAGACAGAGAAACUACUGGAGAUUCAGUCACCAUUCCUGGAACCUUAUCUGAAAAGGAAAACAGGCUACCAGUCGGAAGCUGUUGGGGCAUUAGACAUGUUAUGGAAAUAUUAUGAAAAAAGUCGCAACUUUCCUGCAGCUGCCAAAAUCUUGUCCAGACUAGCAGAAAGGCAUGGAACUGAUGUAAGACUCCAACAAAGGAUAGAGUAUCUAUCCAGAGCUAUCAUGUGUGCCAAAAGUUCUACAUCUCGCACUAGUUCUGCUGCUGAGGGCGAAUUCCUGCAUGAACUGGAAGAGAAGAUGGAGGUUGGCAGACUCCAACUUCAGGUUCAGAAUGCUUUGAGUAAAAUAAGAGAUCGCAACCAACAGAAUAUCUCUGAAGCCCUGAGUCGACUGGAUUCUGAUCUGCUAGACCUAACACUAUUGUAUGAGGAGUUUGCAGACAAAUAUGACUUGUCUGAGUGUAAAUUGGCCAUUAUCCACUGUGCUGGGUUGUUUGAUGCAGCUUUAGUUGAAAAUCUCUGGCAGAGCAUUAUUGAUAAAGAAGUAGAUGGUACCAUGAAGAUGACUACGCCUAUGAGAAUCACUAACAUCAGAAACAAGAUGGAACCAAUUGGAAAGCAGUACAUGAAGACAGAACGAUACUUCCCCUUAGCAUUUCUGGUGAAGUAUAUAGAACAGCGGAGUUGUGAGCUUGACUUCACAGCAUCCUGGGUGUAUGAGAUGAUGCUGGAGAUUGGUGUGCCUCCUCCUAAACUGCUGGAGAUUUAUGACCGAAUGUUCAAAUCACGGGAUCCAUAUUGGCAGACUAUUCAAAAGCCCCUACACUUGUUGGAUGUCUUGUCAAAUCUGUUAGCACAUCUCACAGCGAACCCAUCCCUUAUACCUGUUUAUGAAAGACGACCGUUUUCAACGCUGUGUCUGGACUUUGUGGCCACAUAUUUAGUGGAGCUACAGACGAUGAGGAUGACGGAUCACCACCGCCGACUUGUUGGACUGUUCAAACGCUUACAAGCCGAACUUGAGAGACUGUGAUGAAGAGUGUGAAAAAUAGGAAGAACAAUCAAUGGCUGAGCUAACAAGUGCCUGUGAUGAAAUAAUCUUUAUGUUGAAAUACAAACGAAGUAUUCAUUUAUUAAAGAAGAAAGAUUCCAUUCUCUUAGAUCUAACUGAUUGAAGUAUUGCCUUCGGGCCUGUUACCUUCAAAGACAAGGAAACAUGGAAUCAUUAAUAGUAUUUCUCCUAGGAAGGUCCAGAAAAGUGGAAAUUAUGAAAGGGAUAUGUGUGUUCUGCUCUGCUGACAUUUUGUACAGUAGGCCAUUGGAUUUUGUGAUGAUUCAGAAACUUUGAAGCAAUUGAAACCAGUCCAGAGGCAGAAAACUUUAUACAAAUGGUGUGUGAAUGAUUGAAAUAGACAAGGUGAAUGAUAAUAGAUGUUGUGACAAGAAAUCAUGCAAACUACUCAAUUUUGUGAAAUUUAAGUUGCUGAAUGACAUUCAUUCUCCUGGAAUAAUCUGCAAAUGUUUGUCUUUAUUCAGACAUUGAAAUAAUAUUGUUUUGUCCAACACCUGAUCAUAGAAAACUAUUCGUUGAAAGCAAAUGUUGAUAUAAAAAAAGAAGACACAAUGUAGACAAUCUUAAACACAGAUUAAAGAAUCAUUGUAUUACAUUCAGUUAAUGUGGCGACUUUCAACUAGACCCAGCAGUUGAAAAUCAUGAUAUGAAAAUUAAGGGUGCAACAACAAAAGUUGUAAUUUCUUGAUAAUAAAUAUAAACUAAGUAAAUGUUCUUUUCAUCAUAUCGAAAUGAA